GCCGGCAGGGUGCGCAUAGGACGCUCCGGGUCGCCAGUGUGUGAACGAGCUCCCCAUCAUCUCCAAGUCAUCCACACUCCCUCCGCUGCUUACAAUUUUACUUCUCUCCUGUCUCUACUCUGUAAUCCUCAUCACAACAACAACAAGAUGGCCAGUCAAAUCCGCCAGAACUACCAUGAGGACUGCGAAGCAGCCAUCAACAAGCAGAUCAACUUGGAACUGUACGCCAGUUAUGUCUACAUGUCCAUGGGUUAUUACUUCGAUCGUGAUGAUGUAGCUCUUCCUGGGGCAUCAAAGUUCUUCAAAGAGUCAAGUGAUGAAGAGCGUGAACAUGGACAAAAGCUUAUGAAGUACCAGAAUAAGAGGGGAGGACGCAUUGUGCUUCAGGCCAUUGCAGCACCAACACUGCAAGAAUGGGGUACUCUUCAUGAUGCCCUGCAGGCUGCUUUGGAUCUAGAAAAGCAGGUUAACAAGAGCUUGUUGGAUCUCCAUGUUACAGCCAGCAAGAACACUGAUGCUCAUCUUACCAACAUGCUGGAAGAAGACUUUUUGGAAGAGCAGGUGGAGUCCAUCGAGAAGCUUGGCAACAUGAUUACCCGCCUGAAGCGUGCUGGCACAUCUGGUUUGGGAGAGUUCCUCUUUGACAAAGAACUAAAGUAAAGGUUUUUUCCCCAACCUUAUUGGUCACAAUAAAUUUGAAUGUGACGUUAAUUUCUGCCUUGAUUUUUAUUGCAGAAGUCUUAAUUUGUGGUGCUUGACUCCUGUACUUUACACAAUUUUUAAAUGGCAAAUGGUUAAAACAAAUUACAGUAGGUAAUUUAUUGUAAUUGAUCAUUAAGUGGUUUUACUGUAAAUUAUUGAAUUGCUGGUACUACAUGCUUUUAAAAUAUAGGCCAUGGUUUUCUUUUUAAACUGACAUUGUUUGACUGUUUUGGUGGUCCUCGGGUUGCAUCUUGUAUUAUGAGAACUUUAACUGCAUUUCAUAUCAUUAAAGAAUUGUAACGCA